CCCGCCUGUAGGCGUUUGCAGGGGAGAAAGUAACAUGGUGGCCGCUUCCUCCCUAGACAGGAGCGGCGGGGGGUCCGGCGGCUCCUGAGGAGGCGUCUGGCGCGAGGAGAAGCUCCGGGCCGGGAGCGCCGCGACCCUCGGGGCGGGCAAGGGGCGUCCGGUGGCGACUGUCGACGGGCGAGCCGGCGACAGGCUCCUGCGUCAGCGGAUUUAACCCUUGCGAGGUAUGGAGGCGAGGCGAGGUCCCGGGCCGUGCUCGGGCGGCAGUGAAGCUCCCGGUUGCCUGGUGCGUCCUGCCUGCAGCGAAGUGUUCAGACUUCUGGGCGGCGGCCUUCUCCGGUCGGAGCUGAAACGGAGAUCCUGAACACCGGUGUGGUGCCUGUUAGAGGGAUGCUUGAAAUACAGGGGUCGUCGCGCCCCGCCCCGCCCCGCCCCGCCCCACCGCGCCCCGCCGCGCGGUGAUAAAGGCACCUUUACUAAUAGGCAUGCUGUGGUUUGGAAGCUGAAUGUAUCAUUAAGAUGUUAUAAAACUUAGAGGAAGUACUGGCAUAACCAUGAUAGAAGACAAAGGUCCACGAGUGGCUGACUAUUUUGUAGUGGCAGGGCUUACUGAUACAGAUACUGCAACCCUACUGGACCAAGAAAUAAGCCGACAUGAAACAAAGUCAACUGGUCCAAAGGCUCCGAUUACUGACAUAGCUGUGAUAAUUAAAUCAGCUGGUGAAACUGUCCCAGAGGGAUACACCUGUGUUGAAGCCACCCCUACAGCCCUUCAAGCCAACUUAAACUAUGGAAGUCUAAAGAGUCCUGAACUUUUUCUUUGCUACAAGAGAGGCCGGGACAAACCACCUCUUACUGACAUCGGAGUUCUAUAUGAAGGGAAGGAACGCAUCAUUUCAGGCUGCGAGGUGAUUCAAGCUACUCCUUACGGUCGUUGCGCUAAUGUUAACAACAGUUCAGCUUCUUCUCAACGGAUCUUUAUCACAUAUCGAAGGGCUCCUCCAAUACGACCUCAAAAUUCACUGGCAGUGACAGAUAUCUGUGUUAUUGUUACCAGCAAAGGAGAAACCCCUCCUCAUACAUUCUGCAAAGUUGAUAAGAAUUUAAAUUGUGGCAUGUGGGGUUCCAGUGUGUACCUUUGUUACAAGAAGUCUGUGCCAGCUUCUAACUCAUUAGCAUACAAAGCUGGCUUAAUUUUCAGAUAUCCUCAAGAGAACUAUGAGUCAUUCCCACUGUCAGAAUCUGUACCCCUCUUCUGCCUUCCUAUGGGGGCUACUAUUGAGUGCUGGGACCCUCAAACCAAAUACCCACUACCAGUGUUCUCAACAUUUGUACUGACCUGCUCUUCUGCAGAAAAGGUUUAUGGUGCUGCUAUUCAGUUUUAUGAGCCUUAUCCCCGGGAGCUGCUAACAGAAAAACAACAAUUGCAUCUGGGUCUCCUGACAGCUGUAGAGAGGAAAGUGGUUACUUCCAAGUCCAUCAAUUCCAACAAAUGCAUCUGUCUUCUCUCACACUGGCCUUUCUUUGAAGCAUUUCGAAAAUUUCUUAUGUUCAUCUACAAACUCUCUGUCUCUGGACCUCAUCCUCUUCCCAUUGAAAAGCACAUAUCCCAUUUUAUGCACAAUAUACCUUUCCCUUCACCACAAAGGCCAAGAAUUCUUGUGCAGCUUUCUGCUCAUGAUGCAUUAAUAUUGUCUCAGCCAGUUUCUACACCAUUGCCAUUAAGUGGAGCAAACUUUCGCACUCUGCUCAUGAAUCUUGGACCGGAAAACUGUGCCACUCUGUUACUCUUUGUAUUACUAGAAGGCAAGAUCCUCCUCCAUUCUCUUAGACCAGCUGUGUUGACAGGAGUUGCUGAAGCUGUAGUAGCUAUGAUAUUUCCAUUUCAGUGGCAAUGCCCGUAUAUCCCCCUCUGUCCUUUGUCUCUGGCCACCGUACUCAGUGCACCUGUUCCAUUUAUUGUUGGAGUUGACUCACGAUACUUUGAUCUGUAUGAUCCACCACAGGAUAUUGUGUGCAUUGACUUAGACACAAACAUGGUGUACAUAUCAGAUGAUAAGAAGAGCACCAACUGGAAGCAGUUUCCUAAGAAGCCAUGUAAAAAUCUGCUCAGCACCUUAAAGAAACUGCACCCACAGCUGGCAGCAGUUCACAGGAAAACUCAAGAAGGCUCUGCAGUGGAGAUGACUCCUAUUGAGGCAGAUUUCUCCUGGCAGAAGAAGAUGAUAGAACUCGAGAUGGAGAUCCAGGAAGCUUUUCUGCGUUUCAUGGCAUCUAUUUUAAAGGGAUACAGAACAUUCCUCAAGCCAAUCACACAGGCACCUUCAAAUAAAGCAACUGCUGCUGAUUCCUUGUUUGAUCAUCAAGGAUUUUUAAAAAGCAGAGACCGUGCCUAUACAAAGUUCUACACACACCUCACCAAAACGCAGAUAUUCAGCCGCUUUAUUGAAGAGUGCAGUUUUGUGAGUGACAAGGAUACUGGCUUGGCAUUUUUUGAUGACUGCAUAGAAAAGCUCUUUCCAGAUAAAGGAACAGAAAAAGGAGAGAAGGUUGAUGUAGAUUCUGUUGAAGAUGCACGGUUGAUUGAGCUUGAUGAUUCACAAAAAAGUGAACACACAGUGUUUAUAAUGCCACCAGAACCUCCCACUGAUGACGGACAGGACCGAGCGCCAAAGUACAGCUAUAAAAACUUCCCACGACUAGAUUUCAAGCUCUUUGACAGGCCACAGGAUCUCAAGCUGUCCUUCAGCAGACACCCAGCUGGAAGCAGCAUUUCACAUAGUCCAGCACUCAUGGCAAAGAGGACAAAACAGGAGAUAAAAACAGCCCAUAAAUUAGCCAAGAAGUAUUACGUAAGCCCCCCACAGUGGGCUAAGUGUCUCUUCAGUCAUAGUUACAGCCUAUGGUUUAUUUGUCUGCCAGCCUACAUCAGAGUUGCACAUCCCAAGGUCAAAGCACUGCAGCAGGCGUAUGAUGUUCUAAUUAAAAUGAGGAAAACUGAUGUGGAACCACUAGAUGAGGUGUGCUACAGAGUUGUAAUGCAGCUCUGUGGACUGUGGGGUCAGCCUGUUCAGGCUGUGAGAGUCCUUUCUGAAAUGAAAAAUGCUGGAAUACAGCCAAAUGCCAUCACCUAUGGUUAUUACAAUAAGGCGGUUUUAGAGUCUUCCUGGCCUAGCAGUAACCGCAGUGGCAUUUUCCUGUGGACAAAGGUACGAAAUGUGGUUCGUGGCACAGCGCAAUUUAGGCAGUGCUUAAAGAAGUCAACGCAGAGCCCACGAAUACCUAUGAUAUCAGGUGGUCAGUCAGACCAGGGCUAUGGAUCCAAGGAUGAACUUUUAAGAGAUGAUGGGGAUAGUCUUCAUGCAACUGAAACACAAGUAGAGAAAGAUAUUUCUUCUAAAGCUGAAGACCUAAUAGGAGAGGUUUAUACUGAGAAAUCUGAUGAAAAGCAACAGCUUAAUGUAGAAACUCAUAGUCAAACAGACCCACCUGCUUGGGGUAACAGUAUUGUGAAAGUUCCAUCUGGCAUUUUUGAUAGCAGUGGAAGGAAGAGCAGUGGUGAAGCUGGUUCUAGCCCACUGUUCAUGACUCAGGAUUCAGUUGAAGAUGUAGCCUUUGGUGAUGUUUCUCCUAAGAAAACAAGUGAAAAAGGACAGAAGAGGCAGAAACUGUUCUCAGAGAGAAGCUGCAGUUUCAGCAGUGAAAGCAGAGCAGGAAUGCUGCUGAAAAAAGGCAGCUUAGACUUGCAUUCUAAAGAAAUAGCAAUAAUGAUGGGAGCAGAUGCCAAGAUCCUAACAGCAGCUUUAUCUGGGGCCAAAACUUCACCCUGUCAUAUGAAUAAAUCCCACAGCUUUGGAAGUAUUGUUGACCAGCAGGUUUCUGGCUUAAGUGGCACUUGGAGUUGUGUGACUGAGAGUGAUUGGGAAUUGGAGCAUAGGUCUUCACCAGUGCUGGAAGAACCUGGGGAAGGGCAGGAGCAUCUUGAGAAUGGAAGAGAUGAAAACAUGACCACAAUGGAAGAUACGAAUCUUGAACAGUCAGCUGAGUCCAAAAACCAGAAACCAGAAUCCAAAGAUGCAACUACUAAAAGGAAUAGCCUUUAUGGAGUGGUUAAGCCUAGUGAAAGGGAAGAUGUUGAGGUAGGCUUGGACCCUUUAUCUUUGCUGGCUACUGACAGCAUGCAACGAAGGCAUCCAGAACCUGAGGAAAAGUUGGUGUCAUCAGUUGCAGCGCGUAAUUUGGCAGAUGAAAUAGAGAGCUAUAUGAAUCUGAAGAACCCAUUGGGUAGUAAGUUUCCCAGCAUGGAAUUGCACAAGCCAGAUAGGGAAGCAGAAAUCUCUAGUACACUUGGUCACUCCCAAGAAAGGAGAUCAAGCCUGCCUUUGGAUCCUGUCCUGGCAUCCCCCAAGUCUUAUGAAAAUCAGAGAAGUCCUUCUGUCUCCAGAUCCAAAACAUUCACUGGACGUCCAAAGCAACAAACCCAUCCACAAGUUCAAAAGGAGCGGUCUUCAUCUUUGACAGGACUGGGUCGUUCUUCUCCACAUGGCUCAUUAGGAUCUGUUGUAAUGACUUUAUCCAAUCUGAAGUUAGACAGUAUACUGUCUGGACCAAAAAUGGAUGUUCUGAAAUCAGGCAUGAAGCAGGCUGCCAAUGUGGCCAGUAAGAUGUGGGGAGUUGUAACUUCAGCAUAUAGUUACCCAGAUGAUGAGGCAAAAAACAGUCGACCAGACUUUAAUUUCCCUGCUGGUUUUGAAGAUAGUAUUUUAGCGGAUAAUCUGUCAUCAAGAACUGGAGUCCCAGGGCUAAUUACAAAUGAGCUUGCACAAAGCACUACUAGUCUUGGCAGUAGCAGUAGCAGUGGAGAUGCAGGAAGACAGCAUUACAGUGCAGGUGAAGUUUCAUUCCCAAGAAGUAUGAAAGUUCUAGAUUCUGAGAAGUCAGAGCACAGCUCUUCACAUAAUACUAGUUUAUCCAGCAUUUUCCAGAACUAUGCAAUGGAGGUAUUGAUGUCAAGCUGCUCUCAAUGCAGAGUUUGUGGUGCUUUGGUUUAUGAUGAAGAAAUCAUGGCUGGAUGGACAGCAGAUGAUUCAAACUUGAACACUACCUGUCCUUUCUGUAAAAGUACCUUCCUACCAUUACUUAAUGUUGAAUUUAAAGACCUACGUGGCUCUGCAAGCUUUUUUAUGAAGCAAAGUACCUCCGGAGAUAGUUUACAGAGUGGUACACUUCCAUUAAAUGUGGAUCCCCUGGAGCAGAAACUGUUGUCCAGUCCAGCUGUUGCUGACUUGAUUAGUUUUACAGACCACCCACAGUCCAGCCGCACCAUCGCUGAAGAAACUAGCUCUGCAGCUAAGCAGAGUGAUGUGGCAGUACAACAGAAUAAAGAUCCCAGAACCAUGAAGAUAUCUGCCAACAAUCCACCAAAAAGGGGAGUGUCCCUAACUCGGAGCCACAGUGUUGGAGGUCCACUGCAAAACAUUGAUCUUUCCCAGAGACCAUCUCAUGGCAUUUCAACAGUUAGUCUUCCAAAUAGUUUGCAAGAAGUUGUGGGUCCUUUAAUAAAAAGACCUAACCCGCUCCCUGUAUCUGUACCCUACUUGAGUCCUUUGGUACUGCGUAAGGAGCUUGAAUCACUGUUGGAAAAUGAGGGAGAGCAAGUAAUUCAUACAUCCAAAUUCAUCAAUCAACACCCCAUAAUUUUCUGGAACCUGGUUUGGUAUUUCCGACGGUUGGAUCUACCUAGCAACUUACCUGGACUCAUUCUAACAUCAGAACACUGUAAUGAUGGAGUGCAGCUUCCUUUGACAUCUCUUGCUCAAGAUAGCAAGCUAGUAUACAUCCACCUUCUGUGGGACAAUAUCAAUCUCCACCAAGAGCCCGGGGAGCCCCUGUAUAUAUCUUGGAGGAAUCUCAAUUCUUCUGAAAAGAGACUCUCCACAGUAGCAGAAGAUCAGCAGGCAACAAACACUUUAUUGGAGAACAUCAAACUAAGUAUUCAAGAAAAUAACGUUGUUAAACCAAUCAACCUACUUCUACAGAAAAUUAAGCCAGCUGUGAAACGACAGAGGAGUUUUUACAGAGAAAUUCUUUUCCUGUCUCUGGUGUCUCUUGGAAGAGAGAACAUUGACAUUGAGGUCUUUGAUAAUGAAUACAGACUUGCACAUAAAAAUCUACCAAAGGAUGUUCUUGAAAAGAUGCAGAAAAUAGAUGCUCCACCAAGCAGAAGGGUUGAAUGUUGUAGGAAGUGCUUUGGAGCACCUUUAAUAUAAAAAUGAGGAAGACACACACUAAAUCUCAGUGAGAUAGAAGUAGAGGUGAACAAACAAGAAGCAUGGUGAUAUACACACUUUGAAUCCCAAAAGGUGGUAACUGAGCAAUUUGUCAAACAAAUUUCAUUGAGCUACAGCAUAUAUUCUUGUCUUUCAUCUUGUGAGACACAGUGUGAAGUAUGUUAAAAUGUUUUAAAACUAUAUUAAUAGGGUAAGUUGGUUUCAGUGAUUGAUUUGCCUUUUUUUCCUGUAUAUACUUCUCCUUUUCCUUCCUCAAAUCUUUCCCCCACAAUAUCAAGUUGUUCAAACAGAUGAUGAUAAAACAGCAGCCUAUAGUUGGUGACUUUCUUAAAGGCCACCAAUAUUUGUGUAUUUUAAUGAAAUACCUUUUCUGCCACAGAAUACUUAGAUUCUUCACUACUUCUUUAGAAUGACCUUUACCUAAACAGGGAUCUUUUUAAUGGUGUGCAGUAUGUAUGUAUGAAUAUAAGUAUUUGAGGCUUUGCAUUGGAAGUUGCAAUGCAGUUGCUUUUGUCAGAUCACAGUACCUAAAAUUGCUACCGUUGUCCCAGUCAGUAUUCUAAAUUGUAUUUGGCUGACCUUGUCAUAAUGUAUGUCUAUAGUUGUGAAAACCAGAAACUUAGGCUCAGUUUUCCUAUAUUCUCUAUCUGACAAAUUAAAGAUCCUAUGAAUGUACUGCUGCUUUCUGCAGAAGAAUGAUAAGCUUCUACACUAAGCAGCUCAGAAAAAGCUUUUCAAAAAUUAGAUAGGAAGCGUAAAUGGCAUUAGGAUACAUACAAGGUUUGUCAAACAGGUAGUCUGAAAAAAAUAUGCUUUAUACUGUAUGCAUGUAUGCUUAAAAAGUGUCUUUUCCUUGAAUUCUUUAUCAGCCUCUCCCAUGGUUUCACGCUAGCCUGUGGGUUAAUUAUUUUGCACUGAUAGUCCAAAAUCAAUAUUUCAAUUAGAAAGUAUUUAUAAUUGUGGUCUUCAAGGUAUAUGUUAGCACAAAUGAAGUGCUUGACUGUAUGAUCUGAAAAGAUGAAUCCAUCUUUUGGAUUGAUUCUAGUAGAUAAGACACUUCCUCACCUCAUGUAUCUAAUUGACUACAGUAGUCAUAGUCUUGGCAAGAAGAGCCUGGCUACUAGUCAACAGAUUAAAAGUUUCUGUUACUUGAGAAAUAUUAUAACAUUUAUGAAAUUGAAUGGUGUGGCUUUUCUGAUGGAAUUAUUCCUAGAGGGAAAAAAAGAGUAAGAUUUGUAGCAUGUUAAAGGAGCAUAGCUAAAACUAUAAUCACAUCUGAGUAUGAAUGUAUUUACUUCAUACUACUCUCUUUCUUUAAAAUUUUCAUGCUUGAAAAUGAUGAGGGAUGAAGAUCUGUCUGGAACAGCUUCUACAUGAAACAACAAAACCAACUUCUGUUUUUUCAUGAGGCUAAAACAAGGGAUUUACACUAUUUGUGACAAAAUACAUUUGUAUCAUAGAACAAUUCCUUGGAUUUUGUCUAAAAGUGCUGAUCCUAAGUUAAAAUGGGGAUAUUGUCUAGACAGAUUCUCUCCUGAUGAAAAUGUUGCGCUUUCUCAACAACUAAAAGCAAGAAAGCACACACUGAGGGUUUUUUUUUUAAUUCUCUAUUCUUUGGGUUUAUGCAUGAUUGCUUGCAGAUAUCUGACCUGCAUCACAAUAGAAGAGUAGAUCUUGAUUCUUCGUGCUUUCCUCUCUUCUAAUUACAUAAUUGACAUGCAUGGUUCUGUCCUUCUAAAGUAAAAGUCUCUCUGAAGCCUUAGUUCACACAACUUAAUAUUUCUACAAAUCAAAGCAGCAAAUUUUCCUCUAUAAUUCUAUACUGAUCAUAAACAUACAGCUAUACAAAGACAUUUUUUGAGUGUUAAAUGGGCAAACCGUAUGAUUAUGUGACGCAACUUGUGAGGAAUCAAGUUCUAGUUAUCCUUAAAUUCACCCAGCUCACUGAAUUACAAAGAAUAUCUGUCCAAUGAGUUCUGUUUUAGAUAAUUGGUGACAUCCAAAUUGUUUUGAAUCAUUUUGAAUAGUAUUUUUAUAAACCCAAUUCUGUAAGCAGAUCACCUUCAUUUCAAAUCAAGCAUCCAUUCUGUUGCUGAAAAUGUAGAUUAAUCAGGCAGUAGUGUUGUAGAAACAGCAAAGCAGAUCGUGUCACAGCAUCUAGUGCUAAAUGUUAGACUUUCCCCAAUUAUAUACACUAAAGAAAAAAAAAACCAUAAACCAUGAGGGGAAAAGGACAGAUGCAGGAUUGAACUUGCUUUGAUUUGCUCCUGCAUAUUGGCAUUUCUGUACACUACAAAUUAACUUCUAUUCCUGUUGUAUGUGGCUGGAUUUCAGAGUGGUAGAAGUCCCGCAUGUAAUUACGUGAAAACUUGAAUCUGCCUAUUGAAAUGUAUUCUUUAACAUAGAAUGACAAAAGUAAGCGCUUACUCUUUUUAAUUUGGAUUUUUUUAAUGCCUAGUUUUUAAUAGCUAACAAAUCAGCUCGUUCUUGAAUUAAAUCCAUGGUUAAACAAAAAGGAGAUCUUCGAAAGCAAUUUGAUUAUCAAGCUUUCAUCUAAAGAGAUGCUUUCCUGGUAAAAAAAAAGUAGUUCACAAAAAUUUGAAGGGAAUUAAGAAAUGACUGGAUUCUUUUUCCUAGUUGCUUUCUCUCCUUUCAAAUGCAUGAUGGCACUUCCUGUUCUUCCUUUGACUUUUAUGUCUCCUCCUACAAACAGGUAGAGAGUACACAAGCUUUCUGAGAUGUAGGCUUCCCUAAUUUGAAUGCUGAAGAACUGUGAGUUUGCCUAAGAAAAGGGCAUGGCAUAAAAUAGCUUAACAUAGCUUAAUACUCAUAUGGUUGGAAAUCUGGCCAAAAAUUAACAGGGAAAAGUCUUCAAAAGAUUUUAAUGAGUACAUUGCAAACACUUUUGUCAUUCUGGAAACUGGGCGCUAAAUGGCUAGUAAGUUCUUCUCUGCAAGUUAGUAACAGCAUGAACUUCUUGGGCUACAUAGAAAUGACUCAGUUACCUACAAAUGCUUCUAAUUUAUUUGAUUCUGCACUCCUAGAAAUGCAAAUUUAUCUGAAUCCACAAUGCAUGAAUGAGCUUGGUUCUGUUUUUCUCUCAAUGUGAGCAGAAAAAGUAGCAUUUUACUCACUUGCAAAAUUCUUGCCUCAAAAUACUCUUUCUAGUAGCUCAACAGCCAGUGUUCAGGAGGAGAUGGCUCUUUGUGUGUAUUUUGGAAUUCUCACAUAUAAAUGUGAAGAACAGUAUUCAUUUCAAAACCUGCAAUGUGUGCACAAAGUGAGGGUGGUGUAAGCCAAACUUAUUACAUAUGUGGAUGCAAACUGUUAAUGAAUUUCAGGUAAGCCCAGGAACUUAGAAAGUUUGUGUUGAAAUAACAACUAUCACAGCAAAGCUUCCUUGAAUUAUAGCCCUAAGGAUGUUGAACUGCAGUCAGUUAGUUAUGCUGAGAAGAUACUAUCUUGCACCUUUCACCCAGCUAUAAAACAGUUAAAUAUAGCUUGUGUGCUCAUAUAAAAAUAGCUAUUUUUUCAAGAAUUAAAACAACAAAAGGGGUCUUAAAGGUUUAGAAUCAGGAUUCUUAAGUGACAAAUUUUCUUUUGUGAAUUAUAAAUAUAUUCUGGCACAAUACCAAGAGACAACAACUUUAAAAACCCUGUAGGUACAGGAGACUGAUGUGGCUGCAGUAUUGGCACAGUCAUAGGUACCAGCUUUUACAUGUUACUAGGAGCAUCUGUAUGUUACUUAUAGUCAUAUCCUGCCUUCACAACUUAUAUAACGCAAGUUUAGACAAUACAAUUUUAAUGGAAAAUAUUAUAUUUAGUAUAUGUGUUUCAGACUAAAUUCAUUUAUUUUGCAAGUAACUUAGUCUUGUUCCUAGUGGAUUUUCACAUUGGUUAAGCUCAAGCUACAUUGCACUAGUGAAUGAAUAAUUUUAUUCCACUUUAACUGUGAAUUACUGGCUUUUUGUAUUGCUGCAGCUAGAAGAAUAUACCUUUCAUUGAGUUUACUGCUUUCCUUGAAUAACUGCAACAUAGGGGAUAUUUUCAAAAUGUAUAUUAAAUUAGAUCAUAGAAAUUAUAUUUUUAAAAAGAAAUUUUUUAAAUUUAAGUAACUGAAGAAACCCAGUCAGUAGUCUUCUCUUUUUAAAACUCUUAAUUCAACAAUCACUUCAAUGCAGAUGACUUUAUUUCAUUAAAUGGUAAGCAGGUCAUCUUAUUCACAUAACUGUACAUUUUCAACAAAGGUCUUUUACCUAAUAAAAAUCUUAAGGUGCCCUCUGUAUAUCAGCUUUUCAUUAUGGACCUUUUUAAAAAACAAACACCCUUGUAACUUUUAAGUCAUGAAACUGAAUGGUUGAAUUGAACUCUGUGCUGUAUAUUGUGAUGCAUACGAGGAGAGAAACGGGGGGAGGGGGGGUUUAUUUGUUUUUUCAGUCUGCAUCAGUCAAUGGUGCAAAUAAAAGGGAUUGUUUGCUGUUUUUAGAAGCACAUUGAACUCCUUUUAGGAGCUUAAAAUAAACUGUAUUGUAAUGAGGAUGAAAGGAUGUAGUGUGAAUAAAUUAUGAAUUUAUUAUGCAA